UGGCCCAAGCUCCAGCCACAAGAAACCUCAGGCUUUCGCCAAGAAGUUCACGCUCUGCCAUCUGAGCUUCAGUCGGCGCCAUGACUCCCGCCGUCCUCGCGGCUCUCGCGCUUCUCGGGCGCACGGCCAUAGCAAACCGCGGGAAUGUUGCCCUGGAGCUCGGUGGCGGUGCGCACAUGAAGGCAGGGGGUGCCCACCAGGGCCAGGAGCUGUCAGAGCUCAAGGGCCAGCUCUGGGAGCUGCAGGAGCGGGUGGACCGGCUGGAGGCCGCGCAUGUGGGCGCGGGUGCGGCCACGCUUCAGGGCACGCUGGUCGAGGGCCACGGCGCGAACACGACGGCCCGCACACGCCAGCGAUCGGCUGUGUGCCAGAAGUGCCUGGCGAAGAAGCGUAGGCUGUGGGCGGGGCACACCGCUUGCUUAGUCACCACCGCCGUCACGACAGUCGGGGUGAGCUCCGUCACCGAGUCGUAUUGGGCCGGGGCUGCAGGCGUUGGCGCCGGCUCCAUACUCUACAAGGCGAUGCAGGAGUACUCGUCACAUCUUGAUGCUGUGUACCCGUGCGAGAGCCCUAAGCCGCAGGUGGUGGAUGCUGAUGAACUGAGGGACAGCAUUCUGCAGCAGGUCCGGACAUCGCUCAAGCAGGACAUGAAGGAUGCAACAGCGGAAGAGAAGGCAGAAGUGAAUGCAGCGCUGGGAUCUGGCGGCGCCGGUCAGAUCGGGAUCAAGAUCGAGGAGGAAGAGUGCGUUGAUUCGAAGUGAUGCUGAUCCGUAGCCUCACUCUCGAAGCAAGAGACAUGUCUUAUAAAUAUUCGAUUUUGACCGGCAGAACAGAAAGACUACGUGACCCGCUGCCUGCGGCAAUCUUCGCCACCGUGCUAGUGCAGCACCGCAGCAGCGCAGCACAAGCGAGGCUUUAUUUCAAACCCGCUGAAGUUCAACCACGGCACGGAGCUAGAGUGGUUUUUGAACCCCACCUCCCUUGUUCGCAGCCUCGUUCUCCUUUUCCUUCCUCUUCUUGCCCAUUCCUCUGCCCUUUCCAGAUUUUUCUCUCUCGACAAUCUUUGCCUUUUUUGCGGGUUGCGUCUACGUAGGCCAGUUUACGCGGGCUCGAGUUUCUUUUGAUGUGUUUCUUUUUCUCCCCCUGCCUCCUCUUCCUCCUCCUCUUACCCCUCUCUUUUUCCUCUCUCUUUCUUUAUCCGAAUUUUGGGCCCAAGGCUUAGUCAAGUUCGCAGGAUGCACCUGCUGCUCGGCCGCUCAGCUGGAGCAUCCACCAUGCUGUCCGUUUUCAUCUUCUCCCUAUCACCUGGAAUGCGCACGGAUACAUGGAAGGAGGAGGCUUCCGCUCCCCCUUCCUCCUCCUCCUCCUCCUCCUCCUCCUCCUUGGCGAGCCGACAGUCUGUUAGACAAGUUUGUUUGACAGUUCCGCUUCGUGUGAACGUACACGAGGCGAGCCGACAGUCUGUUAGACAAUUCUGUUUGACAGAUCCGCGUCGUUCUUGUUCAACAUGUUGUUCUUUACAGCGGCCUCUGCUUGUUUUGGACAAUUAGUUGUUGCUGGACCUUCUCGGCAGGGGCGGAGCAAGGCCGAGGAGCCUUGGAUAUGGAACAC